AUGCAAGUCUGUCAACAUCGUCCAUAUGAAUGUAUUCAAGUUUCAUAUCGUGGUAUUAAUAAAUGUAUAACAAAUUUUAAUCGUUUAACAACAGUUGGUCAUGUUAUUGAUGCAUUACUCGAUGAUUUAUCUGAAAAACAAUAUUUAUCUAUGAAUGAUUGUUGUUUAUAUAUUGAACGUCCACCAUAUUUAUUUCCAUUAAAAUCAACUGAUUUUAUUCAAGAUAUUUUAUUACGUUAUGCAUCAACAAAUAUACAUUUUAAAUUAUCGUUUAAACGUAAUGCAUCACCAUCACGUUUUGCACAACGUAAAAAACUUCAUCGAACAUCAUAUCAACAAACAUCAUUAACAAAUGCAUAUGAACAAUUAAAAAUUCAAGAAUCAUUAAUACGACGACAACAUGAAAUAAUAACACAAUUAAAAAAAUUUAAUUUAUCAAAUGAUUAUCAAUAUAAAUCAUCAACAAAUUAUACAAAUUAUUUCGAUUGGAUUACUCAAAAUGAUGAUAGUGAUGAUAGCAAAAUUUCAUCAGAUAUUAUUCCAAUAUGUACACGACAAUCACGACAAGACGAAUAUCAUAAAGCUAUUAAUCAUAAUACAACAAAUACAAGUCGUUCAUUAUCACGUGUUCGUUUUCGUACAUCAAUAGGAAAUAAUAGAAAUGAAUUACCAUCAUCAACAAAACAAAUGAAAAGCAUUUUAAAAAAAAAUUCAUCAAAUUCUUUUCUUCAACGAACUUCAAGUGUUGAUCGUGAUAUUAAUCGAUUAACAUCAAUUAAACAACGACGAAAUAGUUUAUAUAAAUUUGAUGAUGAUGCUGAUGAUGAUAAUUCAUCAGAUCGAAGUACAACAGAUUCAUGUUUAGGUUCACUUUCAUCGGAUGAUAAUAAUAGUUAUGUUAUCAAUCAACAGCAUCUAGAGACACUUGUUUGA